AGUAGUAGUAAAAAGCAAGCUGGAUUAGGGUGCUGCUGCUGCAGUGUGACAGCCUGGGGCUGCAGCACUGCCGGCUCCUUUGCUCCUUUGCCCCAGUCUGCCCCAUGGCAGACUGGGGACCCCGGGCACCCCACCCUGCACACCUGACAGGAACAUGGUACAGGGACACCAGUGUGAUACUGAGCCCCCGCCACGAUCCUUGCUCUCAGCAGCGGUUGUGAGAGGGGCAGCAUGAUCUGCUGUGACUGGACCGGGGAUGCUCAUCUUGAUGGGCUGCAUUCCUCCACACAAAAGUCCUGCGAUUUGUCCCAUUAGUGCCAUCAUUAAAAUCCAGUUAGUCUCCUACGGAGAGCUCAGCCAAGACCCUGCAAGGGGCUGGUGGCCCCAGACCCCCGUUUCCCCUGCCAGCCCUGGGAGUGCCUGGUGAGCCGUCCUCCUUCCCACUUGUGUACUGGGGCUAAUUGAUGCAGGGGGCCCGGGAGCCAGGCUUCUCACCUUGUUAGCAUGGCAAUUAACUCUCUUUACCCUCCUGAUUGCUCCUGUGCAUAUUUCACUCCAGUCCAGCUUUGUAGUGAGUUAUAAAUACAGCACCGGUGAGGCCGGGGGAGUUGUGUAGGGACAGGGAGCACAGAGCCAUGCUGGGGACUGUCCUGCUGCUGCUGGCCCUGGCCAAGACGGGAUGCCCGAGCCCAGCCAGCUUGGUGAGCCGGCGGGCUGAGGCGCUGAAGAGACUCCUGGAAGUCUUUGGCAUGGAAGACCCUCCGGCCCCCCCAACUCACUUCAAGCGGCCACCCCAGUACAUGGUGGAUCUGUUCAACACUGUUGCCAAUGCAGAUGGCGUCACCAAGAACCCUGACGUCCUGAAGGGCAACACCGUCCGCAGCUUCCUGGAUAAAACGCACAGUGAGGAGAUGCGGUUCCUGUUUGUCCUCUCCAGCGUGGCCAAGAAUGAGAAGAUCCUGAUGGCAGAGCUGCACCUCUUCCGCCUCUGGCGGAGGGUCACAGAUAGGCCCAAAAGGCACCACUUCUGCCAGGUCAAUGUGUACCAGGUGCUGGACAAAGACAAGCCAGACACCUCUGGAGGGAAGAAGCUUCUGGUAGCACGGACCGUCUCACUGCAAACCUCGGGCUGGGAGGUCUUUGCCAUCACAUCAGCUGUUCGUGACUGGACUGAGGAUGAAAGCAGAAACCAGGGUUUGCUGGUGACAGUCCAGAGCCGGGGUGAGAACCCGCUCGACCCCCCAGCACUGCAGUUUGCAUCUGGUGGGGGCCACCAUGAGAGCAAGAAGCCCAUGUUGGUCCUUUUCACGGAUGAUGGGCGCCGUGGAGCGUCUCUGCCCACAGCUGGCUUCCCAGAUUUAAAGCCUCAGGCUCCCGAUCUCCCUGCCAAGAUGCCAGUGCCCAAGCUGGGCAGAUCACGCAGUACACGCUCGCUGGACAGGCUCCAGUCCUGCCAGAGGUACCCAUUGUCUGUGGACUUCGAGGAGAUUGGCUGGUCUGGCUGGAUCAUCUCACCACGGGGGUACAACGCCUUCCACUGCAAAGGCUCCUGCCCCUUUCCUCUGGGCGAGAACAUGCGGCCGACGAACCAUGCCACAGUGCAGUCCAUCAUCAAUGCCCUGAAGCUGAGUGAGGGUGUCAGCAGCCCCUGCUGUGUGCCUGACAAGCUCUACUCCAUCAACCUCCUCUACUUUGAUGAUGACGAGAAUGUGGUCCUCAAGCAGUACAAUGACAUGGUGGCUGGGAGCUGUGGCUGCCACUGAGGCAGGAGAAGGGGGCUGGAAUCACUGCUGCAGUGGAGGCUGCUCCCUCCAGAGCAUCAGUGAGGUCUCUGUCCCAAAAACCCUAUAAAACAGAUCGGGACGAGCAAAGCAAGGGUCUGCCCUGGAUGGUGUCACUCCCUGACAGGGCCAGCCCAGGAAGGCUCAGGGCCAAGCUCUGAUUAAAUCAACUUGAAGGAGCCCGUGUGAACCAGUAGCCACAGGGCUGCAGCUCCAUUUUGGGGUGCUCUGUGCAGGGGCAUGGGUGUCCCUGCCCAUGCAGGGGCUCCUGCAGGCUGUACUAUAUGUAUAUAGCAAGAGCACUAAUAUAUGACAGAUACCGCCUGUACAGUAUCCUGUAAAUGUCCAUACAUUCCUGCAUUGCUGUGACUUGUAAAAUUAAUUCAGUGCAACUAUUUAAACAUG